AUGGCGGAUGAGAAUGAGACAGCACCGCAGCUGGAGAAAGAAACUGAGGUAGAAGUGGAUCAUGGACACUGCAGCAACUGUGAAAAUGAAGAGCAUCACUCUGAUGACGGUUCCCUUGUUGACCCAUAUCUGCUCUUCAAUCUUCCCAGAGAGAAGAUGAUGGUGGAGAUUAACUUCCUGUGUGUGCAUAAGAAACUUCGCUCGAAACGAGUGGCUCCGGUACUCAUCAGGGAGAUCACGAGACGGGUCAACCUGGAGGGCAUCUUUCAGGCUGUGUACACCGCAGGUGUGGUGCUACCCAAACCAGUGGGCACCUGCAGAUACUGGCACCGGUCCUUGAACCCACGAAAGCUGAUUGAGGUGAAGUUCUCUCACCUGAGUCGAAACAUGACUAUGCAACGCACCAUGAAGCUCUACCGACUGCCAGAGGCUCCUAAGACUUCAGGUCUAAGGCCGAUGACUGUAAAGGAUGUGCCAGCAGUUCACCGCCUGCUGAAGGAAUACCUGAGUCUGUUUAACCUGGUUCCCGUCAUGAGCCCUGAGGAGGUCCAACACUGGCUGCUUCCUCAGGAGAACAUCAUUGACACCUAUGUAGUGGAGAAUUCAGAUGGGAAGCUGACUGACUUACUGAGUUUCUACACUCUGCCGUCCACUAUCAUGAACCAUCCUGUGCAUCACAGUCUGAAGGCAGCGUAUUCCUUCUAUAACGUACACACCACCACCACCCUGCUGGACCUGAUGGGAGACGCUCUUAUCCUUGCCAAGGCGAAAGGAUUUGAUGUCUUUAAUGCACUGGACCUAAUGGAGAACAAGACAUUUUUGGAGAAGCUCAAGUUUGGCAUUGGAGAUGGAAACCUGCAGUAUUACCUCUACAAUUGGAAAUGUCCCAGCAUGGGUUCAGAAAAGGUGGGUUUGGUUCUACAGUGACCUAUUCCACCAUCCAUAAUCUAUGUCUCGCAUGACAGCGAGGCUGAUUUAUGACAUCACGCACUGACCACCUGACAGAUGCUACCAAUGGACUUCCUGCUUCAGGAAGGAGAAUUCACCGCCCAUUUUUAAGUUUCAACUUUGACCUUUUGGACCUGCACUACUUAUUUCUCUCUCUCUCUCUUUCUCUCUCGCUUUCUUUCUAUUUCCCACACUUCUUAUUCUCUCUCUGCGCAUGGACCUAAAGCCAUUGUAAUUACCAUCAUCAGAGAUGAGGAACCUUAAUCUGUUAUGAUUGUUAACAACAGUACACACACACACAAAAAAACUUGACAAGCUCAUGAUGAACCCUGAUGCAUAAGUGUUGCGCUAUUCGCAUCGGUAGAUUCAACUAAUUCGGUAUAACAUGAUUUUACUCUCCCUAUCCAAUGAGAGGUGCUUUUUGCAAAAUGGAUGAAAAUGUGUAUUUCUAAAGUGUUUUAGAAAAGACCAGACAACAAUCAAAGACGCAUGAAAAUUCCUAGAGAAAAAAAAAACGGCUAAUGAGAUAAUAAAAAUCCCAAGUGGACAUGACAAGGGCUGCUGUCAA